GCUCGCCGGUUACCAAGCUCAGUUCGCCGUUGAUAGCGUUUGAGGUUGCAGUGAAGCCAAGCCGUUCUUGGUGGAAUUGUGGUGCGCGCGAGUGGUGGAACGCAGGAUCGACCGAUCGCAAACGGGGCCCAUUCUACAUUUUCUCUUUCUCAUCCAAAUUGCCCUCCAUUAUUUUUUUGUUUCAGACUGCAUUGAACAGACAUGGCACCCCCAGGCAUCACAAGUUCGAUGGAGAGCCGCCUGGGAGACGGCGACACGACCUCCGACACUAGCCAGAGAAACAUCGUGGUCCUGGACGGGGGCUUUGCGACACAAUUAAGUUGCCAUGUCCAGCAGCCAAUCGAUGGCGACGUCCUGUGGAGCGCCAGGUUUUUGGCUACCGACCAGGAGGCCGUGAUAGACACCCACCUCGACUUUCUCAGGGCUGGAGCUGACCUGAUUAUGACCAACACGUACCAAGCCAGUGAAGAUUUGUUCGUAAAACACCUCAAACUAACUGAAGAACAAAGCUACGACCUCAUCAAACAAUCUGUCGAUCUUGCCAGGACUGCUGUAAAGCGCUAUGAGGAAGAGUUCCCAGGAGCACGUAAACCACUAAUAGUGGGGUCAGUGGGCCCGUACGGCGCCUCGCUGCACGACGGGUCGGAGUACACGGGCUCCUACGCCAAAACUACCUCAGUCACCACCAUAAGAGAGUGGCACAUACCCAGGAUAAGGGCCCUGGUGGAAGCAGGUGUGGAUUUAUUAGCUCUGGAAACGAUUCCAUGCAAAGUGGAGGCUGAAACUUUAGUGACUUUAUUAAAGGAGCAAUUCCCGAAUACCAGAGCGUGGUUAACAUUCAGCGUCGGUACUGAUGGCAAAACGACUGCUUUCGGAGAAAAUUUCCAGGAAGUGGCAAGGCACUGUUACGAUCUGCAUCCGGACAAACUGGUCGGUGUAGGAGUAAACUGCACAGCCCCACGACUUAUAGAACCCCUUAUAUCAGAGAUCAACAAAAACAGGAAAGAUAGACCGAUACCCCUUGUAGUUUACCCCAACAGCGGGGAAAGCUACAAUGUGGAAAUGGGAUGGAUAAAUAGAGACAAGUGCGAACCAGUGGAAACGUAUGUACACAAAUGGCUGGACUUAGGAGUAACAUGGGUGGGAGGUUGUUGCAGGACUUAUGCAAUUGAUGUAACUAGGAUUCGUAGAGAAGUUGAAUUGUGGAAACAGAAACAAAACAAUUAAAGUUACCAAACAAUUAAAUAAAUACAUGUAAUUUGAUGUCCAUUUAUUCUGAAAAAAUUGUUUUUAAUUCCCUUUGGAGGUGAUAAUAUAUUUUGCGGAAAUACGUAUAUCUUCUGCGGAAAAAUUGGUUACUAUUUCAUGUUUUUAAAACACUUUGAUAUAGUUAUAUGUUCUGUGCCUAGACAUAUAUUUUUAGAAUCCUGAGAAAUAUAUUUAAAUUUUUUGUUUUUCAUGAUUUUAAUUUCAUAUACCUAUAUAUUUUCUUUCUCAUUUGAUGUUUUCCUUUCUGUACUUUAAUAUCAUUACACGUUUACAUUUUUAAUAACUGCAUUUGACUGAACCUGUAUGGUACAAUUAUUCACUCAUAAAGUAAAAGUACAUUUAAUCCUAAGCCUGUACCUUAUGUUUAUAUUGUAAAAAAAUUGGUCAUAAGUAAUUUUUUAGGACUCUUUUGUGUAUAUAUUAUAUUCUGUAAAAAAGUUUUUAUAUAUAUUUUUUAAAUAAAUGUAUGUUGUUUGGUUGCUUACAAUUUUGGGAAUGAAGAUCUCUAAAUGUGCCAGUUUUGUUAAUAAAGGAUUACUCAAA